CUCCCGUGUGUGUGUCAGUGUUGAGGGCUUGGAUUUCUCCGCGCGCGCGCUCGGUGGCUCUCUGGAAACGGCGAUCCGGCGCUGCAAAUCCCCCGGCAAACAUGUCCAAGCUGGAGCAGGUUCUCAUCCUCGAUCCCCCGACUGAUCUCAAAUUCAAAGGUCCGUUCACAGAUGUCGUCACGGCUAACCUGAAGCUGACGAACCCGUCAGACAAGAGAGUGUGUUUCAAAGUGAAGACCACAGCACCACGCCGGUACUGCGUACGGCCCAACAGCGGCGCCAUCGACCCUGGCGCCUCGAUCAGCAUCUCAGUAAUGCUACAGCCCUUUGACUACGAUCCCAAUGAGAAAAGUAAACACAAAUUCAUGGUGCAAACCAUCUUUGCACCGGCCGCCAUCACAGACACAGAGACCAUGUGGAAAGACGCAAAACCCGAUGAGCUCAUGGAUUCCAAACUGAGAUGUGUGUUUGAGCUGCCUUCUGAAAACGAUAAAAUGAACGAUGUGGAUGCUGUGAACAAGUCUGCCCCCGUGUUGGCCUCCUCCAAGGCGGAAGGACCCGCUGCACCCAAACCUGCCAGCGCUGCCCUGGACGACACAGAGAUGAAGAAGGUUCUCGAAGAGUGCAAGCGACUGCAGACGGAAAUGAGCAAGCUGCAGGAGGAGAACCGGCAGCUUAAGGAUGAUGGAUUAAGACUGAGGAAAGCUCAGCGACCCGAGCACACGGCCUCCAACUCCAGCUCUCUGAUUGGCCGGGAGGUGGCCACCAGCUCCCUCCCAUCACUCCUGGUCGUCAUAGCAGCCAUCUUCAUCGGAUUCUUCCUCGGCAAGUUCAUCCUGUAGAUGGACGAGUGGAGAGGAGUCUGACGUGUUUGCCUGCCUAUCAACCGGUUCCAGAGAGAGGGAAAGAGAGAGGGAGAGAGAGGGAGAGCUCACAUGGCCUGGAUGAAAGGAGAAUGUCUUUCUGUUGACUUUGCCAUAUCAUUGGUAGCUGGGCCAGCGGCAGAAACACACAUCUGUGCGGCAUCAUAACGUCCUCAGCCUCACACACUGUUAGUCCAACACGAGAGAGAGAGAAAGAGAGAGAGAGAGGGAGAGAUGGGGGAGACUAAGAGAGAACAAAAAGAAGGAGCAGAA